GGUCCUUUUCCACCUGGCCGCUUUUCAGCCAUCGUGUGCCAACCCCGUGGUGCUGUUGCGACCCAAAUGCGGGACCCGGAUGUUCCGGCCGAGGACCACAGGCAAGGAAAGGAAGAGCCACGGGGUUUGCGGGAAGAACCAGCGCGGCUCUUCUGACCGAGCGGCCGCGCGGAGAUCGCCGUCCCCCGCAGGGCUGGCGGAACCCUGGGAACGGCCUCGGUCGCCAGCCGGAGCCCGUUCGCCGCGGCCUUCCGCCGUUACCCCGGCAACGGUGCCGCCGGCGCAGCGCGGAGCCCGGGCCCGGCCGCAGGAUGAUGCUCUCGCGGGCCAAGCCGGCCGUGGGGGGUACCCCGCCGCCGGGAGACAGGCGGAGGAAGAAAGGGAAGGAGGUGCCACAGUUGGAAGAACUCUUGGCCCAGAGGGACUUCACCGGCGCGAUCGCCUUGCUAGAGUUUAAGCAGCACGUGGGUGAGGAGGAGGAGGAUGGCAACCUUUGGAUCGGAUACUGCGCAUUUCAUUUGGGCGACUACAAGAGAGCUCUGGAGGAAUAUGAGGCCUUAACCAGGCAACCAACUUGCAGUCCAGAUGUUUGGGUGAACCUUGCCUGUACAUACUUUUUUCUGGGGAUGUACACGCAAGCAGAACAAGCAGCUUUGAAAGCACCUAAGAGUGGUCUCCAGAACCGUUUACUCUUUCACCUGGCACAUAAGUUCAGUGAUGAAAAGAAACUGAUGAGCUCUCACCAGAACCUGCAAGAUGUUACAGAAGAUCAGCUUAGCCUGGCAUCCAUCCACUACAUGCGGUCCCACUACCAAGAAGCUAUUGAUAUCUACAAGCGCAUUCUGCUGGACAAUCGGGAAUACCUGGCUCUGAAUGUGUAUGUGGCCCUGUGCUAUUACAAACUGGAUUACUAUGAUGUAUCACAGGAAGUGCUAGCUGUUUAUCUUCAGCAAGUUCCUGACAGCACCAUUGCUCUUAACCUUAAGGCUUGUAACCAUUUCCGACUUUACAAUGGAAAGGCUGCAGAGGCAGAGCUCAAGAACUUGACAGACAGUGCCUCAUCAUCUUUUGAGUUUGGCAAGGAGCUCAUAAAGCACAAUCUGGUGGUUUUCCGAGGAGGAGAAGGGGCUUUGCAAGUCCUACCUCCUCUGGUUGAUGUUAUUCCUGAGGCAAGACUGAAUCUUGUGAUUUACUAUCUCCAGCAAGAUGAUGUGCAGGAGGCUUAUAACCUGAUUAAGGACCUGGAACCUACAGCUCCACAGGAGUACAUCCUCAAAGGGGUGGUAAAUGCAGCACUUGGACAAGAAAUGGGCUCGAGAGAUCAUCUGAAAAUUGCUCAACAGUUCUUCCAGUUAGUAGGGGAAUCAGCCAGUGAAUGUGACACCAUUCCAGGGAGGCAGUGCAUGUCCUCCUGCUUCUUUCUUCUUAGACAAUUUCCUAAUGUCCUAAUUUACCUCAACUCAAUCAAGAGUUACUUCUACAACAAUGACACUUUUAACUUCAACUAUGCCCAAGCCAAAGCUGCAAUGGGCAAUUUUAGCGAAGCAGAAGAGGUGUUCCUUUUGAUCCAGAGUGAGAAGAUAAAAAGUGAUUUUGUUUACCUUAGCUGGCUGGCUCGCUGCUAUAUUAUGAAUAAGAAACCACAGCUAGCCUGGAAGCUUUAUCUGAAGAUGGAAACCUCAGCAGACUCCUUUAACCUAUUGCAGCUCAUUGCAAAUGAUUGUUACAAAAUGCGUCAGUUUUACUAUUCAGCCAAAGCCUUUGAUGUUCUGGAGAGACUGGACAAUAAUCCUGAAUACUGGGAAGGCAAGAGAGGUGCUUGUGUGGGUGUAUUUCAAAUGAUCUUAGCUGGCCGAGAAGCAAAAGAGACUCUGCGGGAAGUACUGCACCUUCUGAAGAGCACUGGUAAUUCUCAAGUAGAAUACAUUGUUCGCAUCAUGAAAAAGUGGGCUAAGGAGAACAGAGUCCCUGUUUGAGUCAGUGUCACAAAAUGAGCCAGAAAAGUAAAGAGUAAACCUGCAAAGACGAAUUUUCUAGGAUUCCCUCCUUGGCAGAGAACACAUCUCAGGGGCUAACAUCCCCAAAUUAAUGUCAUUUAAGACAGAGUCCAGACACCACCUGGAAUCAUUUCUACUGUAGAAUUUUACAGCUUAUUUGUCAAACUCAACCCUUCACACUAGGAAAGCUUAAAGACAAAAGUUGCAUGCUUGCUCCAGCAAGAAAUCUGGAAACUAGAAGCAGAAACAAUUACUAAGUAAAAAAUAAGAUGUAACUAGAAAAGUGUUGUUAGUUACAAUUGAUUUUGCUACUAUUAUCCAAAGGAACAAAUGAUCCCUGUUCUGCUCGGUAAGUGCACCUACUUAAGAAUUGAUAUUUAAUGUCUUAGUAUUUCAUCUUCUCUCCAGGCUCAAAAGAUGUUCCCACAGCAGCUUCUCCAAGCAGCUUGCUCUUCCUUGGCAAGGAUGCAAUUCUUUCCUUUCUCUCUCUCUGCUUUUUCUUCCUAACUUGCAACUCCAUCUAAAUGGAGCUCUUGAGGCUUUGAAUUUUCUCUGAGGUUCCUCUAAGUCAACAGUCUUAUCCUUUGUAUUAUCCUAAAGAAUGUUACAAUGUUCUGGAGGCCAUAAAAAUCACCAGUCUUUCAGAACUUGUGUCAUUAAAUUUCUCAUUGAGAAUAUUCUUCUGAACAGCAUGGAUGAUAGAUAUCCCAACACCCCCACAUUUGGUUGAAGAGCUCACACUACCAUGACACAUCCCUUCCUGUAAAUCCCUUUACUUCUUUCACAUGAGCACUUGCCCUGAUUUUUGGCUUACGUGAGAUAAAAGCCAAGCUUGUUUUCAUGAGCUACCUCUGAGAUACAGAGUCAUGCCAUUUAUGUUGUUCUGGCACAGAACAUGGUGUUGGAAGACCACUUCUCAUCUCAGCAACUGAGCAAAAUAUGCACCUAAAUCCACUUCUACAGGUAAAAGGUGCUUCCAGUUACAGGAGCAGUAACUACUUUUUGCAUAAAAAUUUUUGCCGUUUUUAAAACUUCCUAUUUCCAUUGAAACUUUGCACUUUUUGAUCAGAUUUGUUCAAAGCAUUUCUUAAAGCUCUGGAGAGGAGUUCAUUGUGUCUUGGGCUCAAAUUCUCCAGUGAGAGACGCUUGAGCAAUUCACAGGGAGCAAAUAAAAACGUAUGGGAUAAAGUUCAAUAUCACAGUUCCUCAGCCCUGAAAUUGUGACAAGUGACUAUUACUGCCCUGUCAAAGGAGAUCCUAAUUACCUGAAGCUAAUGCAUACAGCAUUCCUACAGUGAAUCUGUCAUUUCUGUACCUGUCUAGAGUCCUUCCAAACAGCUUACUUCACUGAAAAGUGUACUUCAGAUUUCUUAAGUUUGUGGCAGAUCUGCUGAUAACAGCUCUUAAAUACAUGUGCCUGAGGAAAGAAAGCUAGAUACAUUCUUCAGGAAACAGUAUUUUUACUUAAAAGCACAACAGUAGUAAAAAUAUGAGGGGGAGGGAUCCUGCAGAUAAAUCAGUUUUCUAAAUUGUAUGAAAGACACUGGUGUUUCAUUUUAGAAAGAAAGUGUGAGGUUUAUUUCUUGAUUCUGGAUCUGGCAGGGAGAAACUUAGUAAAGCUGUAAGAGGAAAGAGAAGUUAAAAAAACCACACUGAGAUUCAGAAAGCCUUAUUAAACAGAAAACCAGCAAUGCUUGCCAUGUUGUUGGUGCAGUGGAUUCUUGUGAUGCAGCAGCAGGUCUAGUAAAAGUUACAUAAACACCAACCUACCUGCAGCUAUAUCAUCUCCUGACACAGAAAUGGAAGCUGCAGCUGCUAUGGCAGCAGAUUCAGUGAAAGGACCACAAGGAUCAACAAGAUGCAUGGUUGGACCAUAAGAAACCAAGGAUAUAGUGAGGAAGCAGCUGAUGGUAAAUGAGGAUAUUCUCACAAAAAAACCCAAACCAAAACCCCCACUCACAAAACCCACAACAAAAUAAAACCCAACCAAGCCUAAACCUGAUAGAAGCAUCUUGGAGACUUCAGCAGUGGAGAUGUGACUGCCACUGGUAUGAGCUGGCUGCCACUAGAGCUGCUACCUCUAAUGUAGAUCCCAGUUCUAACCUUAAGGAAACUGCCAUUCCAUGCCACCUAAGCUUAUUAUGUAAUAUUAUUAUACAAGCAGGACAUGUUUUCUCCUGCAUUCCCAUCCAAGGACAAGAGGCUCAUAGCUCAUGGAAGUAAAGUAAUAGCCUUUGAAGCUGAAAACAAACUCCCUGCAGACAGUUAUAUCUGAUGAUAAGGACAGCUCUGCUUCCUGGUGGGACCCUGGGCUUGCGGCUGUGAGGUGUCCAGCUCAGAGGAAGCCACACAGUGCUUUCCAGGGAAGCAGUGACCACUGGUCUGUAAUGAAACAGGGUACAGCUCUGACUCUACCAUAACCAACACAAACAGCCCAAAAGCAUGAGAGUGCUACAGACAGAGAAGCCAGUCCAAAGCAGAGCAGGAGGAUCCCACCUGCACCAAAGAAGAGGCCUCUGCAGUUUGCUGGUCUCUCUCUGUUGUUUUCUGUAUUUGAAACUAAGGCAGGUCAACAAACUGACACUCACUGAUGUGGCUUAAUGUCUGUAGUUCCAAGCAUCCACUUUGUCUGAUCUACUCAUACUGGCUUUCACCAGUGAAAUAAAAAGCAGUUUCAAUAUCA